AUGAGUGUUGUUUCAUCACUUCGGCAAAAUUUUGUGGUAAAGUCUACUUUUUACGUUAACUUUCAGUUAAAGUUGGUGUUAGCGAUGUGAUGAGUGAUUCAGAUGAUACGGAUAUUUUGCUUUUGAUACCGCCGGAUUUUUUCAACCUAGAAACAUCAGCUGGAACUCCAUUUCCAAACUCAGAGUUUUCCGGAGCUCUUGGUCCCUAUCAAAGGGGCCAACCGAGAACGUUAGAGAUCUUCGACAGUCGGGACUCGUUCUCCUUCAAUGAUUCUUUAGGAAUAAACUCGUACAGAAGUACUCUACAAACAAUGAGCGGAAAGAGCCAUGAAUACCGUCCAUCCGGACCUACCGGAUUUAGUCAUCAGUCUUGCCCGGGAGGCGAUUAUUUUUAUUCAACUCCCAAUAAGCCACAACAUAUAACAAGCACUGCCCAUCCCCGGAACGAACUGCUCAACGAAAUCGAUCAAUUUCUACAAGUGGACAAAACUCCUGCAAAUGGACCGAAAAGUCCUCAACACUCAUUGAUCGACAUGAACAAUGUUUCCGUACACGAUUACCCAUCGCUUACGGCCAGCGAUUUCAACAGUUUAAACCGGGGGGUGCCCCAGAAGCCGCCUCGCCAUGCGUCAGAUCAACCACUUUCAAUCGGUUCCGGCAGCAGUUCCGCUUUCUUGCGUCCACCCGGGGUUGGCAUUCAAGAACGACAGCAACAGCUUCGUGCUCCUCUACUUAGCUUGAGCGAAAUCUGGAAUGCAAACGCGGUCAAUCAGGACUCAUCCAAGGUGCAGGAAGAACGACUUCGGCGUCAACACUGCGAACGUAACAUCCAUUUGCUGCAGGCACGUUUGCUCGAGUACGAACAAAAGAUAGCCGUGGCCAUCGACGUUGACAAGGAGAAGGAAGCCAUUAUUCUACGACUGGAGAAAGAAUCGCUUCGAUUGAACCGAAAAAUCCACGAAAUGGAAACCAAAGCUAACGAGGAGCACGAAAAGCUACUGCAGGAAAAUCUGGAAAUCAAAAACAAAAAUCUAUUUCACGAAAAAGAACUGGCCGAAACCAUUACUCUGGUUCGGAAGCUGCAGGAUAAAAAUGAAACCCUCGAAUCAAAAGUGGAACAUUUGACCACCGCCAAUCGAGACGUUUCCGAAGUGCACAAAAAUCAAAUGCGGGACCUGGAGGUUCGAUUCACAAACAGCAGGGAAAGCGAAAGGGCCUUAAAGGAUCAGCUCGCCAAAUUGAGGAAAAGCUUCGACGCUGUAAAGGAACAACUUGAAGGCGAACGUAAAAAAUGUGAAGAUUUCAACAAGCUUCGAGCAGAAUAUGCUUCACUGAAAGUAAAGACUGAUAAUUUGAGUAGAAAAUUAACUGAAGCUAAUUCACAAAAUGAAUCUUAUCGGAAACAAAACGAUGAUUUAAAGAAUCAAAUUGAAAAUUCCUCAGAAGAGAAAAAUAAUUUGCUGAAAGAGUUGGACGUUCAGCGAUUAUCUCUGAAAAAGUACUACCAGUCACAGUUGGAGGACGUCGUCGCCGAUAAGCUGAAAGAAUUUCAGAAGCAACUCUGCUCCGUGGAGGAGCAGCUUAAAUCGGAGGCUAGGAAGAAAGAACGCACGUUGGCAGAACGUGCAAUAAAACAGAUCGAAUUGAUCAAUCAAACAAACGAACAGGAAAUCAAAUUGCUUAACGAAAAGUACAACGAACAGGAAGCGCUCUAUCGAUUGCAGCUUACUAACUCUACCAAAACUAUUUUCGAACUAGAGGAAAAACUGGCCGCUUAUCAAAAUCGGAGAGCCGACAUCGCGGAAAAACUCCACUCCAUAAUGGAAGUCCAGUGGCAGAAAGCCCUCGAAGUAUUAACCUCACCCGCUGUCAAAGAUAACGAAACUCCACAGCCCAUAAACCGCUUCAAUCGGCUUUCCGUAGACCAUCUGGACAAGGAUCAGCUAGACGGAGUCCGCAGUUUGAAAAGCGUUGCCGAAAAUGAAACUUUCCAGACUCCUGUCUCCAGUAGAAGGCAACAAUUCAACAACAACCUUUCGGAUCCCAAAAGUGGUUUUCCGCGGGAUCUACUGCACAACUACAUCGAGCUGCUGCUGGAAAAAUCACCCAGCGAUUUGAAGGACCUCGAAUCGGUUCUAACCGGUUGUAAGAAAAACACUAAGGACCGUAGUACCGGUCUGGAGGAUCGGCAACGGAACUUUUCGACCACCGUUGGGUCCGGGUCGGUCUCACAGUUGGGUCAAGUGAACAAAACGACGUUGGGGAAAACGCCGAAGCCUUGGAAGUGAGGCGAAUGAUUGUAGAGCUUAGUCAUGUAAGUAUAUUUAUUUUUUGAUAGCUUUAAGAAAUCUACCACUUCUAUGAUAAGUAGAUUGUGUUUUCACAAUAAAGUAUGCGC